CAGGGGCAGAAUUAAUUCACACGCCGCCGCGGCUACCACAACUUCUCUCCUUUUGUGGAACACAAUGGCUCCGUGACCUUUAAGAAAGCUGCUUCCCACGAAAUUCCUAUUUAACCCUUCUCGCCAAGGUUGGGAGCGCAAUCCCGACUGUCCCACGCCACCAUUCGUCCUCUAAAUUUGCUUGCGGUGAACACGGAGCCGCAGGGUGCUUUACUUCCUCCUCCUGUUACCACACCGAAUACUCCAAUGACGCCAAGCAAAAAGCAAGCCGCGCACGAGUGCGUGUCCGAGGAGGCCCUGGUUCAUCUGAAGUCUUAUAAAUAUUCGAGCGUCGACAAGUCCCUGAUAUCGAAUUACAUCCUGAAACACUACUGGAAUGGCUUCGUACAGCUUCUGCCGUUAUGGCUGGCUCCGAAUAUGGUCACAUUGCUGGGAUUCUUUUUCAUCCUGUCGAAUGUGAUAUGUCUAGUGAUCUGGAUGCCGGAUCUAGUAGGACCAGGACCAUCUUGGCUUUACUACAGCUUCGCAUUUGGCCUGUGGAUGUAUUCGACUAUGGAUAACGUGGAUGGCAAACAGGCGCGAAGGACAGGAACAUCCAGCGGUCUAGGAGAACUUUUCGACCACGGUAUCGACUCUCUGAAUUGCACUUUGGCAAGCUUGUGCGAGACUGCAGCGAUGGGUUUGGGCACGUCAAGAGCGGGGAUAUUCACGGCCUUGAUUCCCUGCCUGCCUAUGUUCUUCUCGACGUGGGAGACGUACCAUACACAUACCCUUUAUCUGGGAGUCUUCAAUGGGCCUACCGAAGGCCUCAUUCUUGCCUGCACCCUAAUGAUCCUCUCAGGAUACUACGGACCCCAAAUAUGGACCCAGAAGAUUACAGAUCUCGUCGGACAUCACUAUUUCUUCGGAUACCACGAAUUCUUUGGCACAUACUCUGUACGAGAUCUCUGGGUGCCUAUCCUCCUUGUCUCAUUCUUUGUAGCACAUCUGCCUUUCUGUGUGCUCAAUGUAGUCAAGGCUCGAAAACGAGACAACCUCCCGGUCUUGCCAGUCUUCCUGGAAUGGACGCCAAUGACUGUUUAUACCUUGGCCAUUGGAAGCUGGCUUUACUCGCCUUACUCGACCUUGAUGGCUGAUAACCACCUGGUUCUCUUCUGUCUGACAAUGUCCUUUGUCUUCGGGAGAAUGACAACGAAAAUCAUUCUUGCCCAUCUGACUAGACAGCCAUUCCCAUACUGGACCGUCAUGCUGACACCUCUUGUUGGGGGCGCGAUUUUGGGCAAUUUACCUCGUAUUGGCCUCCCUCAGAUCAGCGCUGCUGCUGAGUUAUGGUACCUCCGAGGCUAUCUUGUUUUUGCAUUGAUCGUCUACUUCCGCUGGGCAUUCCUAGUCAUCAACAGUAUUUGCUCCUACUUGGGCAUCAACUGCUUGACGAUCCCACACAGCAAGCAAGUCGUGAACCAGGAGAAAGCCAAAACUGCUAAUGGCGGCGUCAAGACUGCUAAUGGUUAUGGAAACGAAAAGAGGGCGGAUUGAGGGGGUAGUGCUUGG